AUGACACUUAAAGUUUCCUCGCUUUACCGUCUAAUGAUUUUCUUCGUCGUGAGUGGUCAGCCAUUUCUGGAAGGAGAAAAAAAAUACUCGAUAAUGUGUGCUUUUUAAUCGAUGGCUUGAUUUUUUGACGAAUGUUACAGAUAUGAGACAUGUUGUAAAAAGGAUAAUAAGCUGUUUAUCACUACCACAUUAUUUUUGGACGUAGUCAAACUGGACCGAGCUCAUUUUGUUUGAGUGAUCUGCCCUUCGGUGGAUUACCCUCCUGCCAAAAUGUCCCAGCCCACUGCUGCUGACGAGGGGAGCACCUUCGAGCACCUGUGGAACACCCUAGAACCGGACACCACCUACUUUGAGCUCCCCCACGAGGGUCACUCUGGGGAGAGGGCGGCUCCCUCCACCAGCACCCCCAGUAACGCUACAGAGGUCUGCAUGGACAUCUACCACAUGAGGGACAUGAACGACAACGUCAUGUCCCAGUACAACCUGUUGAGCAGCAGCAUGGAGGCGAACCUGGGGAGCCAGCGAGCGGCGUCCACCAGCCCCUACAGCUCGGGGGAGAACACGUCUGCAGUGCCGACACCGUCACCCUACUCGCAGCCCAACAGCACAUUUGACGGCCUGUCGCCGGCGCCAGCUAUCCCGUCCAACACCGACUACCCUGGACCCCACUGCUUCGAGGUCACCUUCCAGCAGUCCAGUACUGCCAAGUCCGCCACCUGGACGUACUCCCCGCUGCUGAAGAAGCUCUACUGUCAGAUCGCCAAGACCUGUCCAAUCCAGAUCAAGCUGUCCUCGGCCCCGCCCCACGCCAGUGUCAUCCGUGCCAUGCCUGUCUACAAGAAAGCGGAGCAUGUCACCGAGGUAGUCAAACGCUGCCCCAACCACGAGCUGGGACGGGACUUCAAUGACAGCCAAGCGGCCCCAGCCAGCCACCUGAUCAGGGUGGAGGGAAACAACCUGUCCCAGUAUGUGGACGACCCCGUCACAGGCAGGCAGAGUGUCAUGUUGCCCUACGAGAACCCACAGGUGGGGACAGAGUUUACCACCAUCCUCUACAACUUCAUGUGCAACAGCAGCUGUGUGGGAGGGAUGAACAGGAGACCCAUCCUCAUCAUCAUCACCCUAGAGACACGCGAUGGUCAGGUGCUGGGACGAAGGUCGUUUGAAGGGCGGAUAUGCGCCUGUCCGGGGCGAGAUCGCAAGGCAGACGAAGACCACUUCAGGGAGCAACAGUCCAUGAGCGACAACAUGUCCAAGAACGACAACAACGCCAACAAGCGCACUUUCAAACAGACCCCUCCAAACAUUCCUAGUCCAGGCAUGAAGAGACGGCGGCAUGGUGAAGAGGAGAUUUACUAUAUGCCUGUGCGCGGCAGAGAGAACUUUGACCUGCUGAUGAAGAUCAAGGACAGUCUAGAGCUGGUGGAGUUCGUACCACAGCAGCUGGUGGACUCCUACAGACAACAACAGCAACAGCUGCUUCAGAGACAGAGCCACGUUGCAUCCCCGUCCUCUUAUGGAUCUCCCCUGUCCAACAUGAACAAGCUGCACGGGGGCCAUGGGAGCCACCAGUCUCAGCAAAACUCCCUGCCCAGCAUGGGGCACGUGGGUCCCAACAUGCUCAACAGUCACCACAUGCAGACCAACAGUGACAUGAACGGGGGACACGGGGGCGGCCAGUCCAUGUUGUCCACGUCGCACUGCACCCCUCCCCCUCCGUAUAACCCUGACCCCAGCCUAGUCAGCUUUCUAACCAGUCUGGGCUGCCAGAACUGCAUCGACUACUUCACGUUGCAGGGCCUGCAGAGUCUCUACCAACUCCAGACUCUGUCCAUGGAGGACCUGAGUGCUCUAAAGAUCCCAGAGCAGUUCCGCCUGGCCAUCUGGCGGGGCCUGCAGGACAUGAAGCAGGGAGGCGGGGUGGGACCUCCUCCUUCCUCCCACCAUCAAGACCACUAUGGCCAGCAGCUCCUCCGCUCCAGCAGCAACAUGGCAGCCGCCGCCAUGGCCAUCGUCCCUGGUGGCGAGCUGCAGCGCCAGCGUGUCAUGGAGGCCGUACACUUCCGUGUGCGCCACACCAUUACCAUCCCAUCCAACCGCCCAGGAGGUGGGCCGCAGGCAGUUGCUGCCGCCGCAGAUGAGUGGGCCGACUUUGGCUUUGACAUGCCCGACUGCAAAGUGUCACGCAGCAACAAGAACUCCAUCAAGGAGGAGUUCAUGGAAAGUGACGUCCACUGAGAGAAACAGGGAGAGAGAGAGAGCGAUACAGAGGGAGGGGGAGAGCGAGAUGGAGAGAGCGGGACUCUUUAUAUUCACAGAGAGAGAGGGAUAGAGAGGGAGCGAGGAAGAGGAGGAGAGGGAGAGAGUGAGAUGACUCUUCUGUUCUGAUGUCCAUCAGGGGCCUGGUUUAGUGUCGUUUGUUUUUUAUAUUGCUUUACAGAUUGGUUGGCUUAGGAAAACCAGUAUGUAGCACAAUUUCUCUAUUGUUUUUUUGUAAGUCAGUACAGCUAAGUCAGUACAGCUUACUAAGUCAGUUGACUUCGUCAUAAUUAAGUCAGUACAUUUGAGCCUGAAACCGAAAUGCUCACAUGAUGUCAUCGUAUGGCUAGAUUCCAUUGAACAAGCCAUCACAUACCUGUACUCAAUUAGAUCAAGAAAUGUUCUUUUGGUGUAAAUAUGUACAUACUGUUCUGUAAAAUGUAUUAGAUUUGUGGUCAAAUGAAAAAGGUUAAUAUGUGUAUUUAGAUUCCUUACGGUAUAACUGUUCAAACAGACAGAUGUAUAGAGUUUCAAUUUAAAUCCAAGUACAUACAAGAGUGUAUCAGCGUGGUCAUGAUCUUCGUAUUGUGUUAAUUCUCGAUCACUCCUGUGCUAAAGCAUCAUAGUUCCAGAACAGAAGCACACUGUUGUCUUACAUUUCAACCCCAAACACUUUGUUUAGUUCGGUGGAGUACUUGUACCCCCUGAGUCUUGUGUCUAUAGUAGCCGAUGUAUUUGAAUGAUUUUCUCCUGUGUCACGUUGGAUAACUACCCUGAUUGUUGAUACGAAUGUAUGGAUUGACGAAGCCACCCUGUACAGUCAAUUGGCCAGGCGAAAUAGAUUCAAGUGAUGUAUCUGUUGCCUGAAACAAAGGGAAAGCUAAACAUCAGUAUUAGAUAGAGCCAUGCAUUUGUAGAGAAGUCACGCUCAGGUACUGUAUCUAGUGGGCAAUGCUACUGGCAGACAAUCACAGAGGACUCCCUUUUUUGCCUAGUUCAUAAAGUAGGCCUUUAAGUCAGAAUGAUUGAAUUAAUUUGAGAACAAUCAAGGCUGUGAGAGUAUAAGGACAAUCAGAUAACUGACAAUCAGCUUCCCAAAUCCCAGACUGUGGCUUUAAUCACUUUACAAAAUGUGUAUUAACAUGAAAUGGGUUGAUUUUAUAGAAUUCUUUAUUAGUAGUAACACACUCCCAAUGUGCUAUAAAAUCUAUUCAUUUAUAUGGAUUCCUGAAAUUAGGCCAUGAUUCCAACCCUGCUAUACACCACCACAUUAACAAUUAAUUCAGUUGAUGUGUUUCACUAUAUUUCUUUUACAACAAUAUCUUAUGUGGAAUUGUAUUUCAAACUGCAAAGCAAGUUAUUUGUAUUGUAUAUAUGUCCCUUGAAGAUACAUAAUCACAACAUUUGAUCUAGACAGUUUUCACAUACUAAGCCAUGCCACUACUGUAUGUGUUCUUGAAUUCUCCACUGCAUGGCACUUGCUUCGAUGUUGAUUCUAACAGACAUGUUUAGUAGGUCACGUUGAUACCAUACUUAACCAUGAUGCACCUGUACUUGAUGGGUUAGCGUAAAACAGGGUGGCACAAAAAGGAGAAUGACUCCAGUUUCAAAAUGUUGUGUGGUGUCUCAUUUUGACACAAUUUGACCGCAGCCACUCCUAUCAAGUGCAGAGUACAUGGGCAAAAGUCAGUGAUCAUUUUGCUAUUAUAAAAAAAAGGGUUUGUGAAUAAUGCCAUUUCCAAUACUCUGUGCAAAACAGUCUUUGAGUCCAUAGGAAGUGAUGCAUACCUUCCAUUGACACCCAACAGUUAAGCAGAAUAAAGCACUUUACUGCUUUGAAAAGAAUAGAGGAUAGAAAUCAUUUCAUGUUCAGUGUGCUUAUAAUCAGUAUUAGGCCAACGUCAUAACUUGUAAAUGGUAGAUUGUCACUUUGUUUUGAUAUUUCUGGAGAGGUACUGUCUCAAGUGUUUCUUUUUUUUACAACAAUGCGUAACAAUGUACCAAUGUCGCUGUUUAUAUCGAUUUCCAUUUCUUAUUUGAGGUUGUACGUGUACAGUGUUUUUUCUUGUAAAUCAUGAAUAUUAAAAAGUGUGCUUUACAGAAACGUAUAGGUGUGGAGCAACUUUCUUUCCUAAAUGUAGAAAAACAUGGGUUUGCCUAAUAAGGUCUAUCUACAUGUUGUUUGAUUCUCAAUUCUAAAGAUCAUUGGAUAUACAGUGCCUUCGGAAUGUAGUCACACCCCUUGUCUUUUUCCACAUUUUGUUGUGUUACAGCCUGAAUUUAAAAUGGAUUAAAUUGAAAUGUUGUGUCACUGAUCUAGACACAAUACCCCACAAGUUCAA